AUGUCCGAUGACCAGAAGCUCAUUGCGAGAGGUUUGAAGCUCCGACAAUCAGUACCGCCAGGAACUCCUAAGGGAGCCUUUUACAAGAAACUAUCCGCCGAAGACCAAGCCGCAUGGGAUGCGGCUAAACCUUUUGUGAACGCUACGGACAAUACCAGCACCACUGCAGCACCUACACCUACCAGUGCGGCCCCUACAUCUGCCGCACCUACAUCUGCCACUACGGCACCGACCAGUGCCGCACCUACAUCUACCACUAUGGCACCUACACCGACCACCGCUGCCCCGACCAGUGCGACGGUAACACCAACAACAGCGGCGACGAACGUGACCUCGGCGCCUCCUUCUUCCACUGUGCAGAGCACCCCUCCACCUACAGCUACGACGAUGCAGACGCCGACUACCGCGGGAGGAGGAGGAGGGGGUGGUGAUGGCGGGGGGACUCAAAAGAAGGACGAGGAAGAAGGUACGGGUGGUGCUUUAGGAUGUUUGACUGGGUUUUGUUGUGGACUCUUAUUGGCGGAUCUUUGUUGUUGUUGGUGGUGA